AUGUAUUCAAGUUGGUCGCAAAUCUGUUAUAUUUUACUAGCGCCGUCAUUGGUCUCUGGCAGCAUCGAUAGGCAGAAGAUUGUAUCGCAAUUCAACAUUGUUCGGAAAAAAUUGAUCGAUAAUGACACUACGCCACUCCAGGUCGGAAAUGGCAACUUUGCAUUCAAUGUAGACAACACAGGUCUGCAGACAUUUUUGCCUUUCAAUACAUUGUCUUCUUGGGCGUGGCACAAUGACUCGCUUCCAGCCAAUGGUGAACUACCUUCUGACUAUAAAGGUCUGCCACGAGACACCUAUGGCCGGGAAGUAUUUUACGAUAUUCCAGACCCAAAGCUGAAACAGGCCACACAAUGGCUCAUUAGUAACCCAAAUCGAAUCAACCUUGGUCGUAUUGGCUUUCGAUAUAAGGGCGCUACGCUGAAUGAGUCCGAGAUCACCAAACCUGUACAGGAGCUUGACCUUUGGGGCGGGGUCAUAACGUCAGCCUUCGAAGUGGCCGGAAUGAGUGUGAAAGUUGUGACUCAAGGCGAUUUCGACUCCGACGCUAUAGCGGUCAGCAUAGAGUCUGAUCUUGUACGGUCUGGUGAUCUGCAAGUCGAACUGGACUUUCCGUUCCCGCCAAUCCAUUCAACAAAGUACAAGUACGAGGUUUUUGCAGGCGUGUACGACUUCCCACUGAAUCACACCACGGUUCUUGUUGGAGACGGGACCAAUCGUACUUCUGCGCAUAUCCGGCAUACGUUACAAGAAACAAGCUACUUUGUCAAUCUUCGUUGGCCUAAGAAGACACCGUUGAGGCUUUCCAGGAUCGAGCCCCCGAACUCGACCGCGAUUACGGCGCCCAGAUAUACUCUGGAUUCGACGUCCAAUUCUUCAUCAAUAGCUUUUACAGCUCUAUUCUCACCUGAUUCCCGAGUGCCAAGCUUUCCGGCUAAGAUCCAAGACAAAAGUACCCGCGAGUGGAAUGCGUAUUGGAAGACAGGUGGGUUUAUCGACCUGACUGCCUCUACUAAUCCCAAUGCCACCGAGCUUCAGCGACGAAUCAUCCAGUCUCAGUACCACGUGCGUAUCAAUAGUGCGGGCAGUGGCCAACCACCGCAGGAGAGCGGCCUGAUGAAUAAUGGUUGGUAUGGCAAAUUCCACAUGGAGAUGGUUGUGUGGCAUCUUGCUCAUUGGUCGACCUGGGGCAGGCAGCAAUAUUUCGACAACAUCUUUCCGGCAAUGUAUGAGACGCUAUUGCCUUCUUCGACAGCUCGUGCCCAAUCCAUGGGCUGGGAAGGUGCUCGAUGGCCUAAGAUGACGGAACUCGAAACUGGAGUCAACUCUCCAGGGGACAUCAACGCGGUACUCAUGUGGCAACAGCCGCAUCCCUUUUACCUCGCCAACCUAGCAUACCAAGCUAAACCUACGCGAGAUACACUACAACGCUGGGACAAAGUUCUUACUGCAACUGCGGACUACAUGGCGUCAUAUCCAGGUCUCAAUGCAACUACAAAUAAAUAUGAGAUCGGUCCACCCGCUUACGGCGUGACUGAGAAUACGCCGCCAAACUCUACGCGGAAUCUGGCCUAUGAGAUCGCGUACUGGCGUUAUGGGCUAGACGCUGCUAUAGACUGGAAACGGAGACUUGGCCAAGCCGUUCCGGAAAAGUGGACACACGUAGCGGCAAACCUCGCACCACCACCUCAAGUAGAUGGCCUUUACGCUGUUUAUGAUGGACUCAAUAAUUCAUGGUGGAAUGACACCAAGCUCACUGGCGAUCCGCGCAGCCUCAUAAUGCUCCAGGGAAUAUUGCCUGACACGCCGGCUGUUGACCCAACGGUAGCUUUGCGCACUGCAGACAGAGUGUGGGAGGUCUGGGGUGAUGCCAAUAUACGCGGUUGGGGUCGACCCGUCCUUGCGAUUAACAGCGCUAGGAUUGGAAAUCCCGAGCGCGCAAUCUAUCACCUCACUGCAUAUGACUAUUGGAAGUUUGACGAUGCAGGCUUUGCAAUCAGGGGUGGAGACGGAGGAACACCGCCGCCUUUCAUGCCCGGCAAUGCUGGUUUUCUACUCGCUGCAGCGUACUGCGCAGUAGGUUGGCAAGGAUCCAAUGGCGAUGCUCCGGGCUUUCCUAAAGACGGAAGUUGGAUCGUUAAAAAUGAGGGGCUUCUAAAGGCGUUGUGA